GCAUGUAUAUAUCCCAGUGCAAUGUAUGGUGCAGAUAAGGGGAGACACAUUGUGACUGUAAGUACCAGAUAACAAGGGUUAUGUGGGAGGAUUAUGGUCCAAAAUCCCCAUAAAUAGCAGUAUACAGGGCACUGCCGCAUAAACUGUCCUAAGGAACGGGGUAAAACCAUUACCAGAAAAGGGGAAUAGAUAUCAAAAGAAUAGUAAUACUGUUAGUAUUUAUUAUUAGUAUGAACAGCUAUUUAUAUAGCGCACACAUAUUACGCAGCACUUACACAGAACAGGUCAGUCAUUCACAUCACCAGGCACACUGUAAAGGAGGGAGGCCAGCUGAAGCCCUGUCACCUCUGCCCUGAUAGACCUGCUAGCCUGGACUGCUCUGCGGCUGGGGGCUCAUUCACAACAGGCUGUAUGCGGACAUUGGACUGAUCUGCCAAACACUACUUACUACCUCUGGACUGGAGAUGGGUACCCAGGGCCCUGGAAGGAAAAGACACCCCAACAGGGAGAAGCUGUCCGCAGAGGACCAGGCCUUAAAUCAGAUAGCUAGAGAGGCGGAGGCGAGGUUGGCGGCAAAGCGUGCAGCACGGGCUGAAGCGCGGGAGAUUCGUAUGAAGGAGCUGGAGAGGCAGCAGAAGGAGAUAUACCAGAUUCAGAAGAAAUAUUAUGGUUUGGAUGCCAAGUGGGGUGACAUUGAGCAAUGGAUGGAAGACAGUGAGCGAUACUCACACAGGCCACGGAGGAAUCUGCAGGCAUCUGACGAAGACGACGUUAUGUCUGUGACCAGCAGGAGCAGUCUUAGGACCAAUGGUUAUGAGGACGAAUUGCUUGGAGCAACUCAGUAUAGGAAAUCCAGCAGGAGCUCUACAGGCAGCGGAGAGACCUUCCAGUCCUCCCGGAGGCCUCCCAGGGACGAGGCAACGAGCGCUUAUUACUCUGACCUUAACGUGGCCACGUCCAAGGCUCAACCGCAGUCUGUGCACAAUGGAAGUCGGCCGUCACUAUUAAAUUGCAACUCCUUACCUUCCAGAUCCCAGCGGGGGUCUCUGUAUGAUGAGGGUAUCACCAGCGGUAGCCGUCGCUCUUCAAGUUCCAGACCUCCAUCUGAGUACAGCUGUUACCUAGGCUCUGGAUCCCGUGCCUCCUCUCGUGCCAGUUCUGCUCGUGCCAGCCCUGUGCAGUCUGCAGAGCCCCCUGGCCCGCCUUUGUUUCGGCGUGGCUCCGCCGGUGGCAGUCUCCCUUCACUGAGUCGCAUUGAAGAUGUAUCUGUUCCUGCAGUGAGCAGAGUGGAAGAAAGACCAGACAAAGACUUUGUAGAGAAGAGCGGCCGUCCUGUGUCCAGCUUGUCUGCAGCCACCCUUGCUUCCCUGGGUGGGACAUCUUCUCGGAGAGGCAGCGGAGACACAUCCAUAUCUGUAGACACAGAGGCAUCCAUCAGAGAAAUAAAGGAGAUCAGUGAGUUAAAGGAGCAGAUUGAGGAUGUAGAAGGGAAAUACAUGCAAGGGCUAAAGGAGAUGAAGGACUCUCUGGCAGAGGUGGAGGAGAAGUACAAGAGGUCUAUGGUGACAAAUGCCCAGUUAGACAAUGAGAAAAGCUCCUUGCAAUACCAGGUGGAGAACCUGCGGGAGGUGCUGCUGGAGCUAGAGGAAGAACUGGCAGAGUCCCGGAGACAGUAUGAUGAAAAGCACAAAGAGUGCGAACGGCAGAAACAUGAUCAAGGCGUCCUGCGUUUCCAGCUGGCUGAGAUGAAGGACGCUUUGGAGCAAAGGGAGGCACUGCUGACGGAGAUUCGCCAGCUGCAACAAAAACAAGAAAACAGCGACCGGGAGAUUUGCGACCUCAAGGAAACCAUAGAGUGGAAGGAUAAAAAAAUAGGGGCUCUGGAGAGGCAAAAAGAGUUUUUUGAACCAGUACGCAGUGAACGCGACACCCUAAGGGAAGAGGUGACCCGUCUGAGGGAGGAGUUAAAGAAAAACGGCAUUGCACUGGAUUCCGUGGAUACUCCCAAUGGCGACGCUUCACUAGAGCCCCAUGUAAAUGCCGACGGCCCACCAGAUCCACCGUUACGGAUAACCUCAAUGGGCAAAUCAGACGGAGAAGUGGAGAAAAUGGAGACUGCGUCAGUGGUGGGUGAAUGUCCCCCAUCAGCGGCACAGCAGGAUAGACCGGAAGUGCUACAAGAUGCCCCAGUGGAAUUAUCAUUAUGGGCAGAAAGUGGAGUUACCCCAGAGGAACAGAGUGAGACGGAUAUUAAUGGUAACACAAGCGAGGCAAUGGUAACUGCAGACGAUGGUACCGACCUUGACGAAGAAACAAAUUUGGACCAGCAGGAAGAAGAGCUGUCUGAUGGCUCAGACCAUGUAAACAACAAUAAGGAAACUGUGGCAGAUGUUGAGCAUAAAAACGUAGAGGUUUUGGCACCAAAUUCCUCCGAGGUAGAUGGAGAGUCAGCACUACAUCAUAGAGAGGUAAGCCCAUCGGGAAGUGAAGUCUUUCAGGAUGCUCUGGAUUUUGUUACCCAGACUCCAGAUGCAAUUAGCGGGCAUAAUGAAGAAGCUAUAUUUUCCAUCACCGACAUUAAGAAUGAGGCCCUAAAAAGCAGCCAACUGGGGGACCUCCCGAGUGAAGACAGGGAACAUGAGGUAGAGUACACAACCAGUGAAUGUAACGUUAAUCCAGAAGAAAGGAUCCAGGCUUCAGAUUCUGGAGCACAUAACACACAUGAAAUUUCAACCUAUGAACAUAAGAGUGAUGAGAAUGAAGCAUUAAAGAGCACUCCAAAUGAUGAUAGCACCAGCUUCAGCCCUCAAGAGUGUUGUAAAAACGAUUUGGAAGGGAAGGCUGCCAAUGAUACUAUAGCAGCUGAUCUAGAACAUAACAAAUCUUGUGGGGAGAUGACUAAACUUGCAGAGGAGUCUCCAAAGGAUGAAUCAGAAUUCCAGCCUAUUGGGGAAAACCUGGGCCCCCCAAAAAAUGAUGAUGCCACAGGGUCCGUGACAGAUGAGAACUUGUUAGUCUCCGUAGAGACCGGCACUGAGGAUGGUAGACACGAUAUGGAUCAGAUGAAUGCUUGUCCUCCUGAGCUGCCUUCACAAGACACAAUAUUAGAGGUGGCUGCUCCUGUGGUGGAACCUGAGCAUAAAAUGUUGGAUAGUCUAGAGCCUUGCAUUAUAAACAAAAGGGAAAGCAUUACUGAGGACAAAACAGAAAAUAUCAGGCCUGAUGGUUUGGACUGUGACCAAGAUCAGAUCACCAGUCCAGAAAUAAGUCAGAAGAUUGAAAAACCAGAGUCCCCAGAAAGUGAAGAUGCUAAGAUGGUGGAGCAAGGGGAACAAAACAAACCUUCUGAUGGCAAACUUCAGGAAAAAGAUGACAAAGUGGCAAACGUUACUGAAAAUCCAAAGGAGUCUGUUGACACAUUCAGCAGCGAGGGCGAAUCGGCACAAGAGGGAGAUGAAACGGACGAGGAAGAAGAGGGUGCUGUACGAAGUGAGAAGUACACCGGAGAAAGUGAAUUAUCCGGUGCACCAUCGGUACCGGGCGGGUGUGGGCAGUCUAUGGAAGAUAUAAGAAUGGAUGAAGGCUCCGAUACAACACCAAAGAGAGGAAAAGGCAAAAACAAAGAGGACUGUGUGGUUUGCUGAGAAAGAGAUCUAAGUGGUUCUUUAUGCUAAGUAGAUACCCACAUGACACUGCUGAACAUCCUCAACCAUUAAUGCUAUUGCACUAUGCUACCAGGGGAGACUGCAUCUCAUGUGUGGCAAAAUGAAGAGGCACAGCUUUGCUCCACAGAAUUAUACCCGUCUGUCUAUCUUAAAGUGUACCAGUUGGUAUACCACUUUCAGAUGUUUAGCUCCUGGAAUAUAGCAACAUUACAGGACAGUGGCUGGUCCAGGAAAUUGUUCUGAAAAUGUUGCCUGCAGCCAAGACCGCUAUUCAUUUCCAUGAUGUCUGUGCUAGGGAAUUUUUAUAUUUUUAGGUUUGCAUUCUCCCGUUCUCUCCCUAUCCUAUAGUAACAUGUUUAAUGCCCCAGUUGUUCCUUUUACGUGUACCUAAAUAGUUUGGCUUAUGUUUUGGCAAUACCAAGGAUGUACUUUUGUGUUCUGGGUGAAACUCAACUCCUCUUUGGUGUAAACGAAAAAUACAGAAUCUAAUCGCUUAUCCUUUUUAAGUACUUUAGGUUAUAGCACUGUUUUUUUGUUUGUUUGUUUUUUACGUCUGAUUCAGAUUAACUGUGGCCUUUUUUGCUGGACCUAUGCUUCCUCUGUCACUCAGAGGCACCUUGUGCUUUAUACAUCAAGAAUAACCAAGAAAAGAAACCUCAAAAAUAUUUCUAUAUAAGUUAUGUUGCAGGGAUACGAAGAACGGUGGAAUGGCGCUAGCUUUUAUUUAUUUCACUGGCUUGUCACUGGAUAAGUGUUUAAUUUGAUCUCACAUUCCAUGUUAAACAGAAUGAAUGUAUGACAAAUAUAUAAUUACUAAAUUAAACUUUUUUUUUUCCA